UUGGAGCUGGAGAGGAGCACGCGCCGGCGGAGCCGCGGAGAGCCUUGCUCGUGCCCGCGCCUGGCCGUCCUCUCAGAGCUCGGCUGGGUGGCGCUCGUGCCCGCCCGCCCGCCGCCUGCGGCUCGCGCCCGGGAGCGCCGCCGGGUCCCUGGAGCCGGUCGCGUCCUUUGUGCGGCGCUCGGGUUGCGCGGCUGGGCAGCGGGACGGAAUGCUGUCGCUGCGGAGGCUCUUCUCUUCUGCUCAAACUUUCGAAACAAUGGACUGUAAGAGGAGCAUGGACUGAGGGGGGCGAGCGGGGAAGCGAGCUGCACGGGGAAUCAUGACUUCUGCCGCGGAGAUUAAGAAGCCACCAGUGGCCCCUAAGCCAAAGUUUGUGGUAGCAAAUAAUAAGCCAGCUCCACCUCCUGUUGCACCCAAACCCGAUAUUGUGAUUUCUAGUGUUCCACCAUCAACAAAGAAAACCAAACCAGCAAUAGCCCCGAAACCAAAAGUUCUGAAAGGCUCACCUGUUAGAGACAUCGGGCAGUCACCAUCAAGGAAAAUCACUGUAAACCUGGAAGAGCACAAACAGGAAUUACCUGAAAAUGCCGACAACUCUAACUGUAAAAAUGUAGGGCAUCAGAGCAGUGAUUAUAUUUUACCAAUGUGUUCCUGCAGUUCUCAGUGUAUCCAUAAACUUGGGAAUAGAGAGAAUUUGUGUGUAAAGCAACUUGUCUUAGAGACCCUGGAAACGCAUGAAAACUUAGAAUAUAGUAAAACUGAGGAGUCCUCUUCAGCCGUAAAAACAAGGAGUAAAUGUGAUUCUAAUGUUGAGAAUGUCAAGAGCCAGAGUGAAGUCGUUUUAAAGGCAAACAUCCUAGAAGAGAAGCUCAAAGAUGUUUUAACACAACGAACAUCACCUUUUAUUUCCCUACCGAAGCACAGGUCCACAGACAGCCCAGAAAUUAAUGAUGGCUAUAAUUCCAACAGACAAUUCAGAAUUGAGUUUGCAGAUUUGUCACCUUCCCUGUCCAGCUUUGAAAAAGUUCCUGAUCAUCGCCACUGCUACCUACAGCUUCCUAGUGAUGAAACUUAUCAGCCUAGCAGUGAUAAAAGCAAUACUUGCUUUCAUUCAUCUGGACAAGAAGCUCUGGAAAAUGGUAAAAGGAAUACUUUUUUAUCUUCAGAUGGAGUUAGUAAGAAAUCAGAAGUCAAAGACCUUGGUCCCUUAGAAAUUCACUUAGUACCACAUACCCCCAAAUUUCCAACCCCCAAGCCCAGAAAGACACGGGCUGCUCGUCUGUUACGUCAAAAGUAUGUAGAUGUGCCUAGUGAAAGUGCUGAAGAACCAGAGAAUUUAGACAGUAACUCUUCUUGUCUUUUAGAAGCUGGUUUGAAAAACAAUAAAAUCAGUGUUCUUCAUCAUAAUGUUUUGUGUAACCAGGAACAGGUGGACAAAGUGAAGCCAGGAAAUAAAAGUGAAAUGAAUGUGGACUGCAGUGGUGACAGAGAAAAUUUAGUCAGUCCACAGAAAGCUGUGUGUCCUGAAACAUCUUCCUUUGAAAAACUGGAAACAGAUUCUAAUUUAAGUUCUGACAGCAAGACAGUAGAUGGUUGUAGUAUGUCACUUGCUGUGGACAAAGGGACCAGUUUUAUAAGGUGCAGUACUUUAUCUAUGAGCCUGCCGAAGCAGCUCAAAUUAACCUGCAAUGAACAUUUGCCUACUACCUGCAACGUGGGAGUGUCUGCCCCUCAAAUACAAAAGGAAUCUACAAUAAAAGGUGAAAAUUCCUCAAGGAUUGUCCCAAAAAAACCUCAAAGACACAGCUUGCCUGCUGCAGGAGUGCUUAAAAAGGCUGCCUCAGAGGAGAUUGUGGAGAAAAGUUCUUAUCCCUCAAAUGAAGAUAAUAAUUCAGAGAAAGGUCUAGAAAGAAAUCACCUUCAGCAUUUGUGUGCCCAAAACCUCAGUAUUUCAUCCUCCUUUGAUAUGCCUAAACGGGCUUCAGAAAAGCCAGUGUGGAAAUUACCUCAUCCUAUUUUACCCUUUUCGGGGAACCCAGAAUCCUUAAAGUCUGUCACUACAUCAUCAAAUAGUGAGCUUUCAACUGCCAUAACUAAGCCUCGAGCAAAAUCAUUAUCUGCCAUGGAUGCGGAAAGGUGCACUAAGCCUUGCAAAGACACUCAGAAGAAAAACUCUUUAAAGAAGUUGCUGAACAUGAAACUGUCCAUCUGCUUCAUUAAGAGUGACUUCCAGAAAUUUUGGUCCAAGAAUAGCCAGCUUGGAGACACAACUGCAGGCAGUCUCUCAGGUGGGGAGAGGAAAGGAAUUGAAAGUGAUUGGCAUGGCCUGUUGGUAGAAGAGAAGAGAAGUAAACCCAUCAAGGCAUAUUCUGCAGAUAACUACAGCUUGGAAUCUCAAAAGAAGAGGAAGAAGUCUCGGGGCCAGACCAGUGCAACUAAUGGACCACGAGCUGAGUCUUUGGAUGACCAAAUACUCUCCAGGGAGUCAUUAUCUCAGGUGCCUUGCAAAUCUAUCACAAGUGGCUGUGCCCCAGAGUAUGAAAAUGUACGCCAUUAUGAGGAAAUACCAGAGUAUGAGAACUUGCCAUUUAUAAUGGCCAUAGGGAAAACUCCCGAGUUAGAAUGGCAGAACUCCAGAAGCAUGGAGGACACCGAUGCAAAUGUGUACGAGGUGGAAGAGCCAUAUGAAGCUCCAGAUGGCCAGUUGCAACUUGGACCCAGACAUCAGCAUUCCAGCAGUUCUGGAGCAUCCCAGGAGGGACACAACGAUCUUGAUCUUGGUCUUGGUGAACUUCCUUCAGAUGAGGAAGAAGACAUCAACAGUUCUGACGAAGACGAUGUCAGCUCUGACUCUAGUAAAGGGGAACCUGACCUGGGAGACAAACAGAAUGAAGAUACUGGAAUGAAGAGUAAAGUCCAUCAUAUUGCCAAGGAGAUCAUGAGCUCAGAGAAGGUGUUUGUGGAUGUAUUAAAACUUUUGCAUAUUGAUUUCCGAGAUGCAGUGGCCCAUGCUUCCAGGCAACUUGGGAAACCCGUGAUUGAGGACCGGAUCCUAAAUCAGAUCCUGUACUACUUGCCUCAGCUGUAUGAGCUCAACCGGGAUCUCCUGAAGGAAUUGGAGGAAAGGAUGUCAAACUGGACUGAACAACAUAGAAUCGCUGAUAUCUUUGUAAAGAAGGGACCGUAUCUAAAAAUGUAUUCCACGUACAUCAAAGAAUUUGAUAAAAAUAUAGCUUUGCUGGAUGAGCAGUGCAAGAAGAACCCAGCUUUUGCUGUUGUUGUUAGAGAUUUUGAGACGAGCCCACGCUGUGCUAACCUGGCCCUCAAGCACUACCUGCUCAAGCCAGUUCAGCGGAUCCCCCAGUACAAGCUGCUGCUGACAGAUUAUUUGAAAAAUCUUCUAGAGGACUCUGGAGAUUACAGAGACACUCAAGAUGCCCUUGCUGUUGUUAUAGAAGUCGCCAACCACGCCAAUGACACCAUGAAGCAAGGAGACAACUUUCAGAAGCUUAUGCAGAUUCAGUACAGCCUAAAUGGACACCAUGAAAUAGUGCAGCCUGGACGGGUUUUUCUCAAAGAGGGAACUCUGAUGAAGCUGUCUCGGAAAGUCAUGCAGCCCCGAGUGUUUUUCCUGUUUAACGAUGCCCUGCUGUAUACAACACCAGUGCAGUCUGGGAUGUAUAAACUGAACAAUAUGCUCUCAUUGGCUGGAAUGAAGGUCAGAAAACCCACCCAAGAAGCAUAUCAGAAUGAGCUAAAGAUUGAAAGUGUAGAACGCUCUUUUAUCCUCUCAGCCAGUUCUGCGACAGAAAGGGAUGAAUGGCUAGAAGCAAUUUCCAGGUCAAUAGAAGAGUAUGCCAAAAAAAGAAUCACAUUCUGCCCUAGUAGGAGUCUUGAUGAGGCUGACUCAGAAAAUAAAGAGGAAGUUAGUCCUCUUGGAUCAAAAGCUCCCAUCUGGAUCCCUGAUACUAGAGCCACAAUGUGUAUGAUCUGCACAAGUGAAUUUACUCUGACCUGGAGACGACACCACUGCAGGGCCUGUGGGAAGAUUGUAUGCCAAGCCUGUUCAUCAAAUAAAUAUGGUUUAGAUUACCUGAAAAAUCAACCAGCAAGAGUAUGUGAACAUUGUUUCCAAGAACUGCAGAAACUAGAUCACCAGCAUUCUCCUAAGAUUGGAUCUCCCGGAAAUCACAAAUCUCCUUCAAGUGCCUUAUCAUCAGUCUUACAUAGUAUUCCAUCAGGGAGGAAACAGAAAAAGAUCCCAGCUGCUCUCAAAGAAGUAUCAGCAAACACGGAAGAUUCUUCCAUGAGUGGCUACUUGUACAGAUCAAAGGGCAAUAAAAAACCUUGGAAACACUUGUGGUUUGUCAUAAAAAAUAAAGUGCUGUAUACAUACGCUGCAAGUGAGGACGUGGCAGCUUUAGAGAGUCAACCUUUACUAGGAUUCACUGUCACUCAAGUCAAAGAUGAGAAUUCAGAGUCCAGAGUGUUCCAGUUACUACACAAAAACAUGUUAUUUUAUGUGUUCAAAGCAGACGAUGCUCACUCAGCUCAGAAGUGGAUAGAAGCAUUUCAGGAAGGCACAAUAUUGUAGCGAUACUGGUUUCAUCCCUUCUGUGAUUCCAAAUGGGUGGAAUUUCAUCAGAAUGGAGUAAAUGCAAUACAAAAUUUUAUAUAAAUGAACACUGCCAAGAUAAAUCCAGCCAAAAUCUUCAUCAAAUAUUGUGAAUUAUUUUGUUAGGUGUAAGGUAAUUUUUUUUAAUGUUUGUUUUCUCAUGUAUGUUAUUUAUUAAAAUUUUGAUGUUUACUUCAUGGUCAGAAUUAUUUCUGAGACUCACACUGAAUUCUGAAGUACCUUUUCUUAAGAAACUAGAAAACUUAUCUUAAUAUUGUAUACUGUAUUAACUGUUUGUGACACAGAUUUCUCAGUGUGUUUUGUAGUGUUACAUUGUAUAACAUUCUUACUUGAGGUUAAGUCUUUGUAAAUAAAAAACACAUCAAGGAGCAAAUUUCUAUGCACUGUUUGGCUUAGGAAUUACUAUAAAACUGCUGAUGAAAACAAUGUAUGUUUUUCAAUCAAUAAACUUAGAUGAAUUUUUGUAUCUUUUAAUGGAAAAACACACGGCCAACUCCUACCUCAGUAACUGUGAAAUGAAAUUCCAGUGAAUUAUCUAGAGUAUUUCUGUUGUACCUCUUUUGGCAUGAGAUAAUGUUACAUCAUCAAGGAAUUAGAGCAAAGGGAUAGAAUGUGAAAAUUGUCAUUGAACUAAGCUAUGAGUAGGAAAGAGGAUGUUUUCAUUUGCAGAGGAACACAAGUCUUUAUAUUAAGUUUAAUCCUUUUUUUAAAGCUACCAGUUCAACACAAACAUAAAUGUACUAUUAUUAAAAAAAAUACUGCAAGUAUUAUAUUACACAAUAUCCUUUGCUAUUGUAAGUGUUCUGAGCCCAAGUCAGUGGUGGUGUUUGCAUCUAAAAAGAAUUUCCAUUCCCUAUAAUAUUGUGCUUUAAAAAAAAAAGAACUGGAAUUACCGUACCAAAAAAGCACAUAUUCUAAGCCAGUGUUAACUAAAAUUGUAUUCAUUUUCUAAAGGUUAUUUAAUACUACUUUGUGUUAUGUCCUCCCUGGUAAUUAAAACAAAUCCUUUAUUUCUUCAACCAGUUGCCAAAUGCACCUCAUUAGGAAAGAUUUAUAUUCAUAAUUCUGGUGCACUUACUAUUUAACAUGUGAACUGUUUUGUACAUAAAACUCCUGAUGAGUAGAGGAAAAAUGAAACUCAACACUAUGAUUACAGUCAUUCUUGAUGUUUAUAAUAUACAUUUAUUGACUGGGCCUGAGCUAAAAUAAAUUAUCUUAAAAGGCAAGGUCAUCCAUAGACUAUUUCACAAAGGACACAGAAGUUUUCCUUUCUGCUUUUAUAUAACGUAUUUCCUAAUUCAGCGCGAUACCAUUGCCAAGAGAAUUCCUGAAUUUUGUUGCGGCACCAGAAUCUCAGCUAAAUCUAGAGUUGGCUGCUGUCAUUUUUUCCUGGCUGUUUCUUGCUGUGGGAUCAUUUUAAACCCUGUUGCACCCUCACCCACAAUCCUCACAUCCCAUCUCCCCUUGCACCUUUUAGUGUAUCCUUUUUUGGAGACCAAGGUUAUACCUUAUAAUGUUUCCUUCUUCGUUGGGUCUAGCAUUUUGCAAAGGACAAGUUAUUUGGAGUUCUGGCCCCCCUCCUCAUGAGCUCUCAGCCUUCUGACUGGAAGGUUUGGCUUAAACCUCAGAAUCUAAAAAAAUAUCAGCCAGGCUAUUUUGUCUUCCAACAGCUGGCUAAAUCAAGAACCAUUCAUAAAUCUAAAUAGAAAAAACACUGCACAAACUUCUGUUAAUUCUAAUUACAUGUAAAAUAUAUGUAUGAUUGUAUUGGCUAUUCAAAACCCCAUGGGGGGGGUUGAAAAUAUAAAAUACAUAUAGCCUUUUGAGAAAGCUAUCAUAUUACCAUCCCCCCCCCCAAAAAAAUGUUUUAAAUGUGGAAUGGUAUUACGUUUCCUUUUCCCACUCAUCAGUCCUUCAUAACUUAUUAAAGCUGAUCAAUUAUUUAUUUAACUUGGCUCAUUUAAUGUCAACUGAGAAACCUAACUAUGUUUUAUUAUAAAGCUACUUUAAGAAAUGUAUCUCUGGAUAGCUAACAUUUUAGAGGAAAAAAAAAUGAUAUUGGGUGCAUUUGGUUGGAGGGGGCAGAGGGAGAGGGAGAAUCUUAAGCAGGCUCCCUGCUGAGCUCAGACCCCCCCCCCCCCAAGAGGGGGCUUGAUCUCAGGACCCGGAGAUCAUGACCUGAGCCAAAAUCAAGAGUUGGAAGCUUAACCAACUAAGCCACCCAGGCGCAUUCUAUGAGAAAGAAUACACAGUACCAGGAUCUCAAGAAUACUAUAUUUGUUACACUGAUGAAUGUGUUCCAUCACACCCUUUUCAGGUUUCUCCUUUUAUUCAUAAGGAGGAGAAAGAAGAGCAGUUGUAAAGCUAAGCAAAAAGGGACUAAAAGUAACCUUGAUAAGAAAUGCCAGUUUAGGGGCACCUGGGUGGCUCAAUGGGUUAAAGCCUCUGCCUUCAGCUUAGGUCAUGAUCUCAGGGUCCUGGGACUGAGCCCCACAUUGGGCUUUCUGCUCAGCUGGGAGCCUGCUUCGCCCUCUCUCUCUGCCUGCCUCCCUGCCUAAUUGUGAUCUCUCUCUGUCAAAUAAAUGAAAUCUUUAAAAAAAAAAAUAUGCCAGCUUAAACUGGGGGAGGAGUGGCAUUCUUGGUAUGCCCCCCACCCCCAAUCUAGGUUCCUUCUUAGCUGUGACAGCUGUAAAUGUAGAGGAUCCAUUAGAGUCUUAGAAAAAUAAGGUUAUCUUAGGCAUCAUCCGACAUUUCGAACCUCUCUCCAACCUCUUUUCCCAUUCUCUAGUACACCCAGUAUGAUCCUAUUGUCCUUCGCCCAAGAUCCUUAGUUCUCUUUUCAACCAAAGCUUGAUUCUUUGAGUAUGUAGUAGUGUUCCUUAAAAUAAGAUCAUCAGAGCAACUUUAAUAUAAAGCAGUAAUGAAACAAGUAAGUUUAGAAGAAAACUUUAAAGCGUGGUUUUGUUAAGCAGGGAAAGCCUGCUAUUUUGUAAUUUAGGUAAAAUGUAAAUGUUAUCACAGCAUAUGUUGAUCUGUCUUGAAGUAUGAUCGAUUUGUACUCCCAUUUUUGAAAUUUGAGAUCCACUAUAGUCAAAUGUAGUCACUAGGAUUUCCAGAGAGGUAAAUCCUGUUUCUCUUGUUAUACCGUACAUGCCUUGAAGGUAAAUACUGUAUCUGUUUCUCACAAAAUACCUAUCCUGUGUCUUUUAAGAGAAGAUAGUUGUUGAAAUGCAUAGAAGGUGAGGACAGGAUUCUUGUCAUCUGCAACUCAAACACAGCACCAUCACCACCACCCCCAUGCCCUCAUUAUAACUCAGAUCUUAGACCUGCUCUUUCCACCAUCCUGCAAGGCCAUAUUUGCAACUACCUGUUGGACAUCUACAUGAGUCCUUCUUAAGCAUUUUGAACUUUACAUGACUUCACUUUCUGUUCCUUCAGAUCUGUUUAUUUUCCUCUGUAAUGGAAAAACACCAUUCUAGGCUCCAGAAUCUGCCUCUGAGUCUCAACAAGACCCUCUGCUAUUGCUCUUGUCCCCAGUCCAUCUUCGUUCCUUUUAUUGCACAGAGCCUGGCUCAAGUCCAUGUUACCUCUUCUCAAUGAUUAGAAUAACUUUUCUUCUAAUUCCAUUGCCACCAUUGCGUGGUCUCAUUUUAAACACUGCCAGAGCUAUCUUAUAAAGCAUAGCUCUAACCUAGUUUCAUCCCUGCUCUUUGCAGCCUCCAUUGGCUUCCCAGUGGCUUGGCAUGGAACACUUUUCCUCAGGUGUCACACGCUCCAGCUAAACUGGCCCCAACCUUUCUUCUUUGCUCUCACCCUCUUCCCAACCAAUUCCUGCCUAUGUAUUCAAGACUUUUCUUUCUGUGAUAGUUGGCCCUAGACCUUUUCUCUCCUAUUCCUCCUCCCUUACUCCUCCAGACCGGAGUUAGUCUUUCCUUUCUCUAUGUCUCCAUAGCCUCUAGCUAGGAAACACACUUUCUUAUGGUGCCUAUCACAUUCAGUCCUUGAGAAUCUGAGACCACUCCUCAGUAUUUGGCAGACUACCUUGCAUGCUAUGGACACUGAGUAUUUGGUGAAUUAAAUUACUCCAAAUGGAUCCCUUCUGAUUUUUUUUUUUAAGUGCCAUCCAUAUACAAAUAUUCUGGAGCCUGUGCCACAUUUAAUAUUCUCUAAAGGAAAAUCUUUUGUUUUUAAAUUAACAUAUAAUGUAUUGUUUGUUUCGGGGUACAGGUCUGUGAUUCAUCAGUCUUAAACAAUUCACAACACUCCCCAUAGCACAUACCCUCCCCAAUGUCUAUC